AACACUUUCUUGAUUUGCGCCUGACACUUGAAUUUUGAGAGCUUUUUUCAACAACACUCAGGGUACCAGUUUAUUUUGCUUUUUGUCCAUAAUCUGAAUCAUAUUGGGUUAUCCAAGUGGGAGCAGCUUCAUGUUCAUCUACUGGCUGCCAGCAACACUAACCAACCCCUUUUGUAUUCCCUCAGUUAAAAGCUGGCUGACCUGGCGCUUUGGCUUAGACAUGACCUACUUAAUGGAGGAUUCACAAGAGAAUUGCUAGUUCUGGAUGACAUGAACAUAAAUAGCAUUUGCAGGAACAAUGGUAGUAUGUCCAUCACUACAAACUUGAAGGGUUUUUUUGAAGUACACCAAGUACUUGGGUUUAAAUCAGAGAGUGUUUGGAUUGCCUUUGGUUCAGAUCCAUCUUCUCACACUGACUCCUCUGACACACAGUCACAAUCAGCACUCUAAACCAGUAACUUAGUGCAAAAUCCUCUUGAACUGCCAGGUGCCUUUGACUCUACAGGUUAUUCCCUCCUCAAACUCUUAAUUGUUUUUGACUCCUCUAACUUUUUCCCCUCAUGAAUCUUUUGGCUUUACUCACUAGCACUUUGGCAGUACUUCCUUCAGAAUACCCUCACAAACUUCCAUCUUCCUUCUGAAGUGCUCUGUUGCUCUGCACUUGGCCCCAGUUCCCUUCCUAAUAUGAUUCCUGCCUGCUAAUCACAGGUCUUCCCACUUUCCCAACCCAUUUCAGGGAAGUAUUUGCCUCCCAGAUUCCUUUAACCAUACUCCCUCUAGCCUAUCCUGCUUUUGGUGAUUCCACUGCUUUGGGAUCUGCACACCAAAGCUAAAGUGACAACUGGUGACUCCAGGAAUGGGCCAUUCCUCCUGACAUUAUUACGUCAGCCAAGUUUUGCUAAUCAAAUAUGGGUCCUUUUUGCUUUCAUAUGCAAAGAAAAGCAGAAAUACUCAUGCCUCUCUCAGCUGCAUUGUGUUUUAAGAGUUAUGAAAUUGAGCCCUUACUGGAUACUCAAGCACAAUUCCAUUUCCUGGAGAGUUUUGAACAUAUGCAGGAUCAUCAGAGAAAGUGUCCUCUGAUCCCUAAUCCUGUAGUUGAGGGAAGAGGUGUCAGCCAAAUAGUGACCAUAGCCCAUCCUUGGUGCAGGCACAGCAUGCCUGGCAGGGCUGGGUGGUACAGGUGAGGCUUGAAGCUGCUGUAGCUCCUCUCACAGGAUUGUGCUCUGUGUGGACCUUGUAUAAACACAGACUGAUUCAGAGCACACCUGCUGGUUUUGCAGAUAGGCUGCCCUCUCCAGCGCUUUUCCCUCCACCCAAGUUGCAUAGACAAGCUCUACUUUAAUAUAAAUACAGUUUAACUAGUCAACUUCUGGUGAAAAAGGACUUGUUCUGCACUGAAAAAAAAAAAAAAAAAACCACACCACUUUGGGGAAUACAGUUUACCUGUAAAUACCAUGUGCAUAUAGCCACAAAGUUACUGAGUUCCUGAAAUUUCCUCUUGUGGUGUGUUAGGUUGAUAUCGUGGUACAUUAGAGUCUGAAUGUUCAGAUAAUUAGGCCAAUGCUUUUUGUGUUCUCAUGAUCACUCAGGAGAGGUUCAGCAGAAGAGAGGUCUCCUUUGGCGUAUCUGGAUAUUCUAUACUCAGCCCAAAGUUGUGGUUUAUACAAGCAUAAAGUAAAAAACAAUGUAUUCCCUCUCCUCUCAGAGCAUUUUUGACAUAUUCUCAGAGAGAGAUCAGGACAGCCACUGGGGAAGUAAUUGUCACUUGCAAUGUGGCUCUCAUCCAGGGAUCAGGCAGAGCACUGUGGGCUCAAAGCUGUGGUAACUUUAGUAAGUGUGACAUUCUCUAGGCAGAAUGUGAGGUCCUGUUGCUAUAAUACACACAUAUUUUUUACCCUUACUACCAGAGGGAGAGAUGAUGAGGCCAUGUACUUCAGCAGCCAUGAGCCAGCACAUUGGGAAACUCUAUAGAUCUGCAGUGUCUUCAUUCAUCUUCUUCUUGGUGGUGGAUGUAGGAGUUACUGGUGGAGGUGCAAACAAGGAGAAUGCAGCAGCAGUGACUCAUGUAACAGCACAGCCCUUGUUGUUGACACCUGAGCCUUGGAACCUUUUGGUGACUCAAACACCAGCCAAGGAGAAAGCCAAAGAAGGUGAAACUGUGACCUUGAACUGUCAUCUUAACAGUCCACAGCAUCCCUCUCUGACCGACCUGAUGGUGAAGUGGUACAAAGAAGAUGAAAAAGGGCAGAUGGACCUGCUAGAAAAGAAUGUGACCAUCUUGCCAAAUAACUCCAGGAUCUUCACGAGUGGAGACUUGUCUCAAGGGGAUGUUUCCUUGAUUAUCCUCAAUGUGACAACCAGUGACCAUGGUAUUUAUUUCUGUGAGGUUACACUUCCGGAUGGGAAGGUGGUGACAGGAGAUGGCACAAAGCUCAGGAUCAGGAGGGCUCUGGGCUUGUUUGGUAUAGAAGAAUCCAUUGGAACAAUCAUUGGGGUUGUGGCAGCAGGUAUUGGAGGCAUAGUGGUUCUGAUUAUUGUUUUAACCCCGCAACUGAGGAAGUGUAUCCUCUGCAUGAGACAAGAGUCUCGCCAAAGGUACCUGUGUUUUAACUGAAAGACAAAUUAGGCAUUUGCUUACCUUAGGUCAGACGUGGGAUCUGGCUCAGGAAAUGUGUGAAGGAAACUCAAACAGAGCUGGUUCUAUGGUCCAUCACUUUUUCAAAUAGUUUUUUGUUUAUGUUGAGUAGAGCUUCACCAAUGGACCUAAUGAAUUACCUAUAAAGAAAAUAAUAGGAUCUUCUCUAAUUGUCACUUUGGACUAAGAGUUUUUUAAUGAGAUGCUGCAGCUUCUUUUAACAAAGACCAAGGACUCAAAACAAUUUUAUGUUUAUGCUGAAGGAUGGUACUUCCUCCUGCCAACUUCAUUGCUUACAUCUGUAUUCUCGCAGUGCUUGUGCACAGAAAGCCUAAGAUGGCUUAGGUGUGUGAGGUGUGGUUUCUAAAGCCCUACUUUAAGAUCUAUCUUCUAUUAGAUCAGCUGGUAAGGUUGGAAAAACCAGACAUAUUUCACCACACAUGAGCCAAAGAAAUGCCUCAGUAAGAGACUGAUGUACCCAAAACUUUUUUCUGCUUUUUUCUGUUCUGUCAGCUGAUCUAAUUUGAGGAGACUGACACUGUAUUUUGAAACAAGUUUAGUUCCCAUUUUGAAUAACCCAAGAUGUGGUAUUUCAGAGCGAGCUCAGCUGACUUUUUGCAUUCAUUGAGGAGACGUGUGAUUUGCACCUCUUCUUCUAGCGCUCAAAAAUCUUGCUCAGCCUGAUGAAAAAAUCCCCUCCCUGAAGGGCUGGCAGAAGAAGAGCUGCUCCUGCCAUUCACUGGAGCGCUGCCGCCACCUGAUGGACAGCGUGGCGGGGACAGGGACACGCCGGGAGCUCUGCCUCUCUCAGGAGGAUCUUCCAGCCCUUGCUGAGAAGCACACUCCCUUCCAUAGGCUGCUGCUGUCCGCACAGCAUCAUCCCUCUGCAAACGCUCUACAUUAAGAGUUCACAACUUCGUCUCUAGCCAAAAAGCCUCGGAGGAGUUUAUUGUGUUGUCCUGACUCUUUGUUGCUCACUCAUUCUCUCUCCUUUUCUUGCUCAGCAUAGCUUGAGGUGCAGCAUUGCAGGAGUCGCUGGGAUAUGCAAAGCCUGCAGGUGGAACAACUUCUGAUGCCUCAUAAGCCAAAACCCGGAGUUCUAGACAGAAUAAAAGCCUUUGCCUCUA